ACCUUUUAUUUUGUUACACGCGUGCUCGAAAGGAGGGAAACAAAAUAUUACAAUGUCCAAGUCGAAAUCGUUUCAUGUGCUUUGUAUGGAUGUUGGACUUUCCAUGUCCAACUCGGCACCGGGUGAAGAAUCUCCAUUUGAACUAGCCAAACAAGUCAUUCAGAAGUUUGUCCAACGUCAGGUGUUUGCUGAACUCAAGGAUGAAUUGGCUUUGGUUCUGUUCGGCACAGACUCGACCAAGAACCCACUGGCUGAAGAUGGCCAGUACCAAAAUAUCACUGUUCACCGCAACCUGAUGGUACCUGACUUUGUGCUUUUGACGGAGAUUGAGAAUCAGGUCCACCCAGAGAAUCAACAGGCGGACUGGUUAGAUGCUCUUGUGGUCUGCAUGGAUCUUCUUCAAACAGGAAUAAAGGGAAAACGCUAUGAUCGACUCAAUAUUUACUUCCUGAGUGACCUCAGUGUUGAAGCAGACUCGGAACAACUGGACGUCAUUGUUGAAAACCUGAAACAAGCUGACAUUACGCUGCAGUUCUUUUUACCCUUCUCUGCUGAAGAUGAAUCAAUGGAUGAAGCUGACAAUGAGAGAAGAGGAGGUCCCGGUGCAAGAGGCUCGGGCAAAGGCUUGUCCAAGGAACAGAAAACUGGAUUAGAGAUGGUCAAACACAUCAUGCUGUGCCUGGAUGAGCAGGAUGGUCUUGAUCAGAUUUACACUCUCAGAAAUGCUAUCGAAGGGCUGUGUAUGUUCAAGCACAUUGAGAGAAGAACCAUGGCGUGGCCCUGUCAGCUGACCAUCGGCAGCGCUCUGCCCAUUCGCAUCGUUGGCUACAAAGCUGUGACAGAGGAGAAGCUGAAGAAAACGUGGCUCACGGUGGACGCACAGAGCAACGAGAGAGACCAUGUCAAGAGAGAGACAGUCUUCUGUCUGGAUGACGAUGAUGAGACGGAAGUGCAGAAGGAUGACAUAGUCCAAGGUUUUUGCUAUGGGAGUGAUAUAGUUCCUUUCUCCAAAGUGGAUCAAGAGCAGAUGAAAUACACACACGAUGGGAAGUGCUUUGCCGUUUUAGGUUUUACCAACCAAAACCUGGUUCCUCGUCACUCCUUCAUGGGAACGCAGGCCAUCAAGAUUUUUGCUCCAAGCGGCGAUCAGCAUGCUGGUGUGGCACUGUCUGCUCUCGUCCGGGCGCUGGAUGAGCUCAAAAUGGUGGCCAUUGUUCGGUAUGCUUAUGACCGACGGGCCAACCCUCGAGUUGGGGCAGCUUUCCCUUGCAUCAAGUUGACCUAUGAGUGUCUCAUCUACGUCCAGUUGCCCUUCAUGGAAGACCUCAGACACUUUACUUAUGCUUCUCUGAACAGCAAGAAAUUCAGCCCCUCAGACACUCAGCUGCAGGCUGCCGAUUCUCUCAUCGACUCCAUGAUGUUGAUGGAGAAAGAUGAAGAUGGAGACCUAAAGGACUUGGUCAAAGUCCACCGCAUUCCCAACCCAGAGUUCCAGAGGCUUUUCCAGUGCCUGCAUCAUCGAGCCGUCAGACCCGGCACAGCCCUCCCCCCAAUGGAGCCAUGGCUGGCGGCUGUACUGGACCGCCCGGAUGUCAUUGAGGAGCGUUGUCGAGCGCCACUACAGGAGGUGAAGAAGGCGUUUCCUCUCAAAGUAGUGGAGAAGAAGAAGCAACUGAAGACUAGUGAACAGAUAUUUGGAAAAGACUCUGAGCAGCCGGAUGCCAAGAAGGCAAAGGGAGAUACGGCAGAGGAGGAGGUAGAGGAGGAGGAGGAGUAUAAUCUGGCUGACAUUUCUGAAGGCUCUGUUACGUCGGUCGGAAGCGUUAAUCCCGCCCGUGACUUCCGCAUCCUGAUCAAGCAAAACACGCUUCCAUUCCAAGGGGCCUGCGAGCAGCUGACUGACAGGUUAGAGCAGUUGCUAGGCAACAAGAACACACGGUACUACAUGAAAAGCAUCACCUGCAUCCAGGCCUUCAGAGAACAGUCUGUAAAGCUGGGGAAGGCCGAUCUCUACAAUAGCUACCUCCAGUUGCUGAAAGGAAGCAUCACAAACAGAGGGCUGGAAGUCUUUUGGGACCUGAUUGUUCAAGCCUCCAUAUCUCUUAUUAGCCAGGACGAGGUGGAAGGAAGCUCUGUGUCCAAAAAUGAAGCUGCUCAGUUUCUCCUGGCUGAAGAGAAAAACGAAGAGCCAGUCACAACAAUGGAAGAUGACACUGGCGAUCUUGAUGACUUGCUGGACAACAUGUAAGGAAGAAGGCGAUGGGAGCGUCUGCGGGAAAAAUGCAAAGUAUUCAUCCAUGGGUCCAUCUGUCCAUUGUUCCGCCUCCCACAUGGAGAUGGAUGGGUACUUGGGAGGAAUACUGCACAGAACAUGACCUUAACUGUAAUCUUUUGUGGGGGGCUUAAAAAACACAGCUGGGACUUGACAAAAGGCAGGACACUCUAUGUUUAUUAUUUUAAAUGUGAUUUAUUGUGUGCAAUGUCAUAGUACUUGAGGUUGCUACAAAUAUAGACUGUACAGAGCAUCA